AUUUAUACUCCGCAAACAAACACGGCUACUGUAUCCCCCAUCUCUGGAGCGCUGGAGGCCGCGGCGAGGGAUGAGAGCUGCCUUUCCCCAUCCGAGCAGGACAUUUCUCCGCUCGUAAUUAACUUGAUUUGAUUUUGAUAUUUUCAAUUUUUCCAUGCUCCGCUCCCGGAGGAUCAUUUGAACUGUAAAGGAAUCGCCGAGGGGGCGAGGGAACCUGGAGACAGAGGCUGUCCGAACGACUGCACCGAGGCUCCUCCGCCCCCUCCAAGAUGAUGCUCAGUCCGGACCAAGCUGUUGACUCCGACCACCCCUCCUCGGCGCCCUCCGACCCGGAGUCCCUGGGGGGAGCGGACGCCCAGGCGCUCAGCUGCUGCGCCUCCGACCCGGAGCCCGCCGAAGGCGGCGGGGGCGGUGGGGAGAACCGGGGAGGGGGGGGUGGUGACGGCCGUGUCGGGGUCCGUCCCGGGUUGCACCCCCCGCCGCUGAGCCGGGAGGAGAAACGCCGUCGCCGCCGCGCCACGGCCAAGUACCGCUCGGCCCACGCCACGCGUGAGCGGAUCCGGGUAGAGGCCUUCAACCUGGCCUUCGCCGAGCUGCGCAAGCUGCUGCCCACUCUGCCCCCCGACAAGAAGCUCUCCAAGAUCGAGAUCCUGCGCCUGGCCAUCUGCUACAUCUCCUAUCUCAACCACGUCCUGGAUGUCUAG